GGUAUUUUUUUAGCGCGAAUUUCAAAGGACUCCAACUUGUCACUACCGGAUUAAUUUUUUGUAGAGUGCAAAAUGUAAACAAAAGUGCAAAGUUUUUAUUAGUUAAAGAACAUACGUAUUUGCAAAUUGCCGUUAAUUGUGACUUGUUAGUUUGUGCAAAAUGACGACAAUUGAUAUUUCACAAGUUAGCAGCCUUGAGGAGUUGGAUGCUCUGGAGGAAGCCUUAAACAAGGAAGAGGAAGAGUGUGACAAAAAGAUUGACGAGUUAUUGUCCAAUCGGUCAGAGAUUGAAUUCCAACUAAGAACUUUAAGUAAGAAGUUGGCCAAUUUGAAACCUGUUGAGGCCGAGGCAAAACAUUUUGCCGAAGUUAUCCGUAAUACAGCUACUUUAGCGGAGGAUGUUAGUGCAAAAGUUAGGGUGCUGGAUAAGGCCAAGAACCGUGUGUCUGAGUGUCAGCAACGUGUCAAUGAUCUUCUGGACCUCCAACAAUGCAGCGUUGGUGUCGCUACUGCGAUGCAAAAUGAAGAUUUUGAACAAGCAGCUGCACACGUGCAUAGAUUUCUCACGAUGGAUGAGAAUUUGCUUAAACACACUGCAAUGGAUGUUUCGGAAGGAAAGAAUAUGGACGCAUCAUUCCACAAAUUGCAUGAAGCUGAACAAAAGCUGAAACAGGUCGUUAUUGCAAAGUUUGAUGAAGCCGUUAAAGAUGAGGAUUUGGCAUCUGUGGAAAGAUUCUUUAAAAUAUUUCCUCUUCUCAAUAUGCAUGAAGAAGGACUUGGAAGGUUUACCACAUAUUUAUGUUCCAAGUUGCGCGAAACCUGUCAGAAGAAUUUGACUGAAGCUAAGCUCACCAGGGACAAGGACAAGAGAGCCAGCGUUAUCUAUGCUGAUAGCUUGACUUUAUUGUUUGAGGCUAUUGCCCGCAUUGUUGAAAUUCAUCAGCCUUUGAUUGAAACCUAUUAUGGACCUGGUCGUAUGCUUUCUGUUAUGGAGUACAUUCAAAAGGAAUGCGAUCACCAGGCGAAAAUGAUCGUGGAUGAGUUUCGGAAACACCGAGACUUCAUCAGGAAAAUCCAUAUUGUUACGCAGUACAUGAAUCAAAAAUCCGAGACCAAAAUUGAUCCAAAGGAAUUGGACUUGGUUCUAAGUGAGCUGACUUUGCUAAACGCAAGGACAGAGCUGUAUUCUCGUUUUGUGAAAAAAAGAGUCACUAAUGAUGUGGAUGUAUCCAUAACUGACGAGAGCGAAAAAAGUGAAAAACUGUCCAAUUUGGACCGUUUGUUAAAAGACGGAGACACUUUCCGAGUUAUGCAAGUUGUGUUAGGACAAUACAUUCUUUUAGAACAAUAUUUUAUGGCGGAAAGCGUCCAAAAAGCUGUGGAGAUGGAUACAUUAAUUGAAGCAAGCAGUCAGGAAAGUUUUGUCUUGUCCAGCAUGACGGAUGAUGUGUUUUUCAUUGUGAAGAAAUGUAUCAAAAGAUCUCUCUCUAGUCAAAGUGUGGAUGGGGUUUGCGCUGUGAUCAACAAUGCUUGCGGUAUACUAGAGUCAGAUUUUGCUGAUUUGCUGCUCUCACAGCUACGGCAAGGAUUUCCUAGUGGGUAUUUGGACCUUGCUCAGGCCUACAGUGUGUUGCAGUCUUCCUUUCAACAUGGAAAACUGCAAGGUUCUGACAUUGAAAAAAGUCGGGCUCAUUUUGUUGCGUAUCUCAACAACACUGACACGUCUAUGGAAUAUGUCACGUCGUUAAAAAGUUCUCUAGAAAGUUCAAUGAAUGACUCAUUUGGUCAACAUUUGACUCCAUACGAAAAGGACAAAAUAACGAGUUGCCUUCAAGGCCUAGCUUCAGUCAAUAUUAGACUCAAGUCGGUUUUCGAAUUCGGUCUUUCACAGCUGAAGUCCAGCGCAGUUAAACCUCGAGUUAAGCCCUGGCUUGAUGCAUUUUUUCAUGCAAGAACAUCAUACGAGCUGGAUGAAGAUCAAUUCACAGAUGACUCGGUUCCAAUGCAAACCUUUAUUUCUGAUCUGGAUUCCAUCCUAAAAUCUUUCAAGGGAUGCCUAUCUCCUUCAGCUUAUGAAGCAUUUAUCAAUCUAGUCACCACUGAAAUUGCUUUACAAAUGGAGAAAUCAGUUUUGAAAAAUAAAUUCAACAGGAUUGGAGGCCUCCAAUUGGACAAGGAACUCAGAAUUUUGGUCGGAUACCUAACUAACGCUACUACCUGGUCGGUCCGUGAUAAGUUCUCACGAUUGACUCAAAUGACAAUUUUACUAACGUUGGAAAAAGUUUCCGAGGUGGCAGAUUACUGGGGAAAAGGUCCCGUCACAUGGAGACUCACAGCUCAAGAGGUUCGACAAGUUUUAUCCCUUCGGUCCGACUUUCGCUCUGAAGAUGUUAAAAGAUUGAAAUUGUGAUUCUAAAAUAAAGUAUUAAGCAAUAAAUCACUUUUUACUAAGAAAUAA